AGGGGGGAAGCAAUGACAAUACGAUGGUUAAAUAGCUUGCGUUUCGCAAAUUAAUCCAAAUGAUUCGGCACAACACAUUUGAAAUACUAAUAUAGCAACCUAAAGGGACUCAAGAUAUACUGACAAGUAGCAACAAAAGCUAGUAAAGACGCAACUGUAAUUACAUUCACCCCCUUGUGAGGAAAGUCCGGAUGUUCGGAGAGAGGCGCCUUUUCUGAGCACUUGUCAUAAAACAGUAACACAUCAUCCCUUGAUUGAAUUUGGGUUCCACGUUUCACCAUGGCCUCAAAAAAGAAGCGAACGCCGAACGUGCAGAACGAUAGCUGGGUUGUUAUUGCUGCAGACUCCGCGAUAGACAGCCAGAGGAAGGACAAUGACCCGACCUUUGUGAGGCUACGGAAUCCAGCCACAGAUGCAGCUUCCCUCUACAUGCUGAGCGGCGGCGGUGGCAACUUGCAACUGUACGAAGUCAAAGCAUUUGAAGAAGACUUCCGGUCCUGGUUUGUUGGGCAGACUGUGCAGAGAGAUGGGAGGCUUCUAUUUGUCACACAGAUGGAUCCGCUUUUUCUCAUAUUGCCUUACUUGAUCAAAUCUGCAAAAGAAGGCAAAUUCCAGCGGCUAGAUCAAAUGGUAAUGGACGAAGAGUUUCCGGCGUGUAGCGGGUUGCUGAGCUGCACUCGUUCCUUGGCCUCCAUGCAUCACAUUGCGGAUGAAAAAGAGGUGGGAAGCCAUAAGUUUCACCGAUACAGUCAAGAAAAAACAAUGGCUUGGUUAAAGAAGAAGGUGGAGAAAACCGUCCUUGUGCUGAAGAGGAAGAACAUCUCUGUGGGGGAGGGAGUCAAAUCCUCCUCAUAUAUCCGAGUCAAGAUGGAGUCAGAUUCAAGCAAGGAGGACUACCUUGGCUACGCCCAUGGCCUGAUAUCGGAAUACAUCAACAAAGACUUGAGCAAGGACCUCCGGCAUCACCUGCAGUUACCAGAGCUCACAAGUCCAAAGGAGAGCGAACCAGCUUCAAAGAAGCGGAAACUGUCGGACAAGCCGGUGGAGGCGUUAGACGACUAUACCAAAUUCAACAGUGGAGAUUUUGCUCGCAAACCGCCCAAGAAGAUGACAGCCGCGCAGAAAAACCUGGCAAAGGUGGACAAGAGUGGCAUGAAGACAAUGUCGUCCUUCUUUAGCCCCAAAGUGAAAGCGGAAAAGAAAUGAUGGUUUCUCCCCUCUGUGCUUGCUUUUGUACACGACACUUUUGUAAUAAAGCAAAGAAAAAACACUUUCGAGAGGAGCUCUGUUGCUAACCCAUGCAGCAGCCCCUACUAAUUCUUCCUCCCAUGUUCCAAAAACGAUCUGAGCUCAAUUGAAGGCUCCAAAUUGUCCAUCGCUGUG